CUCGCCGGCUCCCGCGUUCCCGCCGCGCCCCGCGCCCGGUCCCUAUGGAGGCGCCGCUCGCCGGCGAGGCCGAAGAUCAUGCCUAGGAGGGCCGGGAGCGGGCAGCUGCCGCUACCCCGGGGCUGGGAGGAGGCCAGGGACUACGACGGCAAGGUCUUCUAUAUCGACCACAACACCAGGAAGACCAGCUGGAUCGAUCCCCGGGACAGGUUAACGAAGCCCCUGUCGUUCGCCGACUGUGUCGGGGAUGAGCUGCCUUGGGGAUGGGAAGCAGGGUUUGACCCGCAGAUUGGUGCCUACUACAUCGACCACAUCAACAAAACCACACAGAUUGAAGAUCCGAGAAAGCAGUGGCGGGGCGAGCAGGAGAAGAUGCUGAAGGACUAUCUCUCCGUGGCCCAGGACGCUCUCAGGACGCAGAAGGAGCUGUACCACGUGAAGGAACAGAGGCUGGCGCUGGCCCUGGACGAGUAUGUGCGCCUAAACGACGCCUACAAGGAGAAGUCAAGCUCUCGCACAAGCCUCUUCUCAGGGUCUUCGUCUAGCACUAAAUAUGACCCCGAUAUUUUAAAAGCUGAGAUCUCCACCACGCGAUUAAGGGUUAAAAAGCUGAAGAGAGAACUCUCCCAGAUGAAGCAAGAACUUCUCUAUAAACAGCAAGGCUUUGAAACACUGCAACAAAUUGAUGAAAAGAUGUCUGGCGGCCAGAGCGGGUAUGAACUUAGUGAAGCCAAGGCCAUCCUCACGGAACUGAAAUCUAUCAGAAAAGCCAUCAGCUCAGGAGAAAAAGAAAAGCAAGAUCUGAUGCAGAGUCUUGCCAAGCUGCAGGAGCGCUUUCAUUUGGAUCAGAACAUGGGCAGUUCCGAGCCAGAUCUAAGAUCGAGUCCUGUGAGCUCGCAUCUCUCUCUGUCCAGACAGACCCUUGAUGCUGGGUCACAGACGAGCAUUUCUGGAGACGUUGGGGUGCGAGGCAGAUCAAAUCUAGCUGAAAAGGUCAGGCUCAGUCUCCAGUAUGAAGGAGCUAAAAGAAGCAUGGCUAACUUGAAAGUCGAGCUGUCAAAGCUGGACAGCGAGGCCUGGCCUGGGGCCCUGGAUGUGGAGAAGGAGAAGCUGACGCUGCUACAUGAGAAAGAAGAGCUUUUGAAAGAGCUGCAGUUCAUCACCCCACAGAGACGCACGCAGGACGAGCUGCAGCGCCUGGAAGCAGAGCGCCAGCGCCUGGAGGAGGAGCUGAUGUCUGCGCGGGGCGUGCCGAGCAGGGCCCUGACCGAGAGAUUGAAAUUGGAAGAGAAAAGAAAAGAGCUGCUACAGAAACUUGAAGAAACGACUAAACUAACUACUUACUUGUAUUCACAACUUAAAAGCCUCUCCUCCAGCACACUGUCCAUGUCAUCCGGGAGCAGUCUGGGCUCGCUGGCCUCCAGUCGGGGCUCUCUGAACACCUCCAGCAGAGGGUCUCUCAACUCCCUCAGUUCCAGUGAACUCUAUUAUAGCAGCCAGGGAGACCAGAUGGACCCAGAUUAUCAGUAUAAACUGGACUUCCUUCUUCAAGAGAAGGGCGGCUACAUUCCUUCCGGACCCAUCACCACCAUCCACGAAAACGAGGUGGUCAAGACCCCCAGCCAGCCUGGCCAGAGCGGACUCUGUGGGGUGGCAGCCGCAGCGACCAGCCACACUCCCCCGCUGACGGAGGCCUCCAAGUCUGUGACAUCCCUCUCCUCCAGGUCCUCCCUCUCCUCCUUGUCCCCUCCCGGCUCUCCUCUGGUCUUGGAGAGCACGUUCCCGGGGUCUUCUCACGACACCCCUCUGCACCAGUUCACUGCUGACUUUGAGGACUGUGAACUGAGCGGCCACUUUGCUGACCUCGGCCUCGGUGAAAACCAGAUCCUGCCGGAUUCAGACCCGGGAGGAGCAUCCCAGUCUCUCCUCGAGGAUAAAGACCUUGACGAGUGCACUGGGGACCUGCUGUGUGGAGGAACACCAGAUGUGGAAAAGUCGUUACCCAAAAGAAGAGGAAUCCAUCUGCGAGGAGACAAAACUGCUUGUGUGUCAGCGGCUGCCUCUGAUGAAUCCGUGGCUGGAGACAGUGGGGUCUAUGAAGCCUCCAUGAAACAGCCUGGUGAAAUCGAGGAUGGUCCCUAUGGUGAAGAGGAUGCUACCAUUGUGGAGACUGCCCAGGUGCAGAUCGGACUCAGAUACGAUACAAAAAGUUCAAGUUUCAUGGUGAUUGUAGCACAACUCCGAAAUCUUCAUGCCUUCUUGAUACCUCAUUCUUCAAAAGUGUAUUGUAGGGUUGCUGUGCUUCCCUCCUCCGCGGAUGUUAGCUGUCUGUUUCGAACGAAAGUCCAUCCUCCCACCGAGUCCGUGCUGUACAGUGAUGUGUUCAGGGUGGCCAUUUCUCAGGCAGCCCUGCAACAGAAGACCCUGAGGGUUGAUCUCUGCUCUGUCAGUAAACACCACAGGGAGGAAUGCCUGGCUGGGACGCAGAUCAGCCUGGCAGAUUUACCAUUUUCCAAUGAAAUUUUCAUGCUGUGGUAUAAUUUACUUCCUUCCAAGCAAAUGUCUUGCAAGAAGAAUGAAGAAGAAAAUGAGGAGGCUGUAGCUCGGUCAAACCGGCCAGAACUGGAUCCUAUAGACUUGGAUGCCGUGUCAGCCUUACUUGCAAGAACUUCAGCGGAGCUGUUGGCUGUGGAGCAAGAACUGGCCCAGGAGGAGGAGGAGGAGGAGGAGGACCUGAGGCCCGAAGAGCAGCUGAGGCCAGGGAGAGACUGCCUGACGAUGCUAAGAGAGGCCUCUGACGAAGCUGCGGCUGUGAAGGAGGCUGAGGUUCGCCUGGCAGAGGGCAGUCGCUGCAGAGAAAACCCAAGUUCAUGCUCCGGCAGGCCUGGCACGAGCGAAGACCAGUGUAGGAAAGAAACUGAGCGUGCUGAAGACCCUAGCCAGCCACCAACUGGAAUUCCCACCCUGGUCGAUAAGGAGACGAACACUGACGAAGCAGCUGACAGCAAUAUGGCAGUUCGCCCCAAAGACCGUAGCAGCCUGAACUCUCGGCAGCAUCCCUUCAUGAGAAGCAGCGUGAUUGUGCGCUCACAAACCUUCUCCCCAGGCGAGCGGAGCCAGUAUAUCUGCAGGCUAAAUCGGAGUGACAGCGACAGUUCAACCUUGGCCAAAAAGUCACUGUUUGUGAGAAACUCCACUGAGCGGCGCAGUUUGCGGGUCAAAAGGGCCGUGUGCCAGCCCACCCUCAGGAGGACUGCUCAGGAGUGCCCCGUGCGCACAUCUCUGGACUUGGAGCUGGACUUACAGGCCUCACUGACCCGCCAGAGUCGUCUCAACGAUGAGCUGCAGGCCCUGAGAGGCUUACGGCAGAAGCUGGAGGAGCUGAAAGCUCAGGGAGAAACUGAUCUUCCCCCGGGUGUGCUGGAAGAUGAGAGAUUCCAGAAGCUUCUGAAGCAAGCAGAGAAGCAGGCUGAGCAGACAGAGGAAGAACAGAAGCAGGGCCUGAAUGCAGAGAAGUUGAUGAGGCAGGUCUCCAAGGACGUGUGCCGCCUGCGGGAGCAGAGCCAGAAGGUGCCUCGGCAGGUGCAGUCCUUCAGGGAGAAGAUAGCCUACUUCACACGCGCGAAGAUCAGCAUCCCGUCCCUGCCCGCUGAUGACGUGUGACCCGAGGCUUAACACUACUUGUCACUGGCUCACUUUCCGAGGGAGGGUCAAAGACUGAACAUUUACUUUGUUGUUGUUGUUGUUGUUUAUUUUGUGUUGGGGGGCAGGGCUUUUGUUUCCUGUAACGUAACUGUCAACUCUUGAAGAACUUUCAUUUCACGCCAAUUUCAUCAGGUUAAUUUGUAAAGUACUCUGAAUGUAACUCUUACAUACUUUGAGAAGGAAAAAAAAAUCACAUAACCAAAAUGGGGUAAUCUGGUUCAUAAGCAUUGUACAGUCCGUAUGUGUUACCAGUGGGCUUGACUGUGCAGAAUGGAACGGUGCCUAGUGUCUGCCGGCUGAGCCGACUGCAGGAGGCAGCUGUCCAGCAGCCCUGAGACUGGUGCCACAGCAUACCCCUUAGCUAGAGAGC